AUGGAGCGCGCAACCACCACAGCAAAAGCUCUACGAGCCCAAAUAACCGCCACAGAACUCCAACUCCAAAACCUAAAAGCCCAAUUAGCAACCCUUGAAUCCCAAGAACCCCCUCUGCAAAAUGAGUCUGAAAAAAUCCCGACUAAAUGGCCUCUCACGCCCGACGAAUACAAAAGAUACGGCCGUCAGAUGAUCGUGCCUAAUAUCGGAAUUCAAGGUCAACUAAAUCUCAAAAACUCCAAAGUCCUCAUAAUAGGCGCCGGCGGUCUCGGCUGUCCAUCCUCCGUCUACCUCGCCGGCGCCGGAAUCGGCACACUUGGUCUCGUCGACGGCGACAUCGUCGAGCUCUCAAAUCUCCAUCGGCAAAUCCUGCAUUCCACGUCCAGCGUAGGAAUGAAAAAAGUCGAUAGUGUGAUUUCAUACCUUAAAAAACUAAAUCCAAAUGUGCGAUACGUCGCUCAUCCACAUCACCUCACACCACAAAACGCAGCUGAGAUAGUAAGCGGCUAUGAUAUUGUGCUAGAUUGUACAGACCACCCGACAUCCCGCUACCUAAUCUCCGACACGUGCGUCCUUCUCUCCAAACCGCUCGUCUCAGCCUCCGCUCUGCGCACUGAUGGACAACUCAUCGUGCUCAACUCCCCGCCUUUACCCCAGGGUAAUCCAGAGGGUGGACCCUGUUACCGCUGCAUCUUCCCGAAACCGCCGCCGGUCGACAGCGUCGUGAGUUGCGGGGAUGGCGGGAUUCUAGGACCGGUCGUGGGCGUGAUGGGUGUGUUGCAGGCGCUGGAGACGGUGAAGUAUAUCGUCGCCGGCGGGAACAGCGGGGAGGGAAAUAGUAUGUUAUUAUUCUCCGCCAAGGGGACGACGGGGUUUCGGAGUUUGAAGAUGCGGAAAAGGAAUGCGAAAUGUGUUGCUUGUUCUAGUGCGUCUGAACUAACGCUUGAGGGGUUGAAGGAGAUGGAUUAUAGUUUGUUCUGUGGGGUGAGUGCGCCAGUCAGUGUGUUGAGGCCGGAGGAGAGGGUGGAGGCGAGGGAGUAUGAGAGGGUAAAGGGGAAAGAGCAUUUGUUGGUUGAUGUGAGGGAGAAGAUACAGUUUGAUAUCUGUAGUUUGGAGGGGAGUAUUAAUGUGCCUUUUUCGACGUUUGAGGGGAGUGGGUUGGAGCAACCAGCAUGGCUGGAUCAGAAAUUGCCUGCGGAUGCACCAAUCUAUGUGGUAUGCAGGUUAGGCAACGAUAGUCAAAUCGUCGCCAGAAAACUGAAGGAACUCGGUCUUGACCAAAACGGAACCCGAGAAAUUAAAGACAUCAAAGGAGGUCUGAAAGCAUGGAGAGACCAAGUAGACUCCUCCUGGCCUGAAUAUUAG